AUGACUUCCGCAAGAGAUAUUCGUCCUCGCCAGGACGACUUUGCCCAGCAACAUCUUUCAGCUUCGCCCAACGCCUCCUUCCAUUCCCCAUCCAGCCAUGGCUCUGCUCUGGGCCGUACCGUUCCUCUGGUCAAUGCAAAGCAUUUGAAGCCAUUCGCCACACAAGACAUCAAGGUAUUGCUCCUGGAGAAUGUGAACCAGACUGGCCGCGAGAUCCUGUCCCAGCAGGGUUACCAGGUGGAAUACCUCAAGUCUUCCCUGCCGGAGGACCAACUCAUUGAGAAGAUCCGGGAUGUGCAUGUCAUUGGUAUUCGUUCAAAGACGAAGCUGACUGCGCGCGUUCUGAAGGAGGCAAAGAACCUGAUUGUCAUUGGCUGCUUCUGUAUUGGCACCAACCAGGUUGACCUUCAAUAUGCUGCUGAUAACGGUAUUGCUGUUUUCAACUCCCCCUUCAGCAACUCUCGCAGUGUUGCCGAGCUCGUCAUUGGUGAGAUCAUUAUGCUUGCGCGCCAGCUUGGCGACCGCUCCAACGAGAUGCACAACGGCACUUGGAACAAGGUGAGCAACGGAUGCUGGGAAAUCAGAGGAAAGACUUUAGGAAUCAUUGGUUAUGGUCACAUUGGUGCCCAGCUGUCAGUUUUGGCCGAGGCAAUGGGAAUGUCCGUUAUCUACUUCGAUGUGCUCAACAUCAUGUCGCUCGGAACUGCCCGCCAGGUGGAGACCUUGGAGGAGCUUCUGGGCCAGGCUGAUUACAUUACUUGCCAUGUGCCCGAGAUCCCCGAGACCAAGGGUAUGAUUGGACAGACGCAAUUUGAACAGAUGAAGACCGGCAGCUAUUUGAUCAAUGCUAGCCGUGGAACUGUUGUGGAUAUUCCUGCCCUCAUCGAUGCUAUGCGGAGCGGAAAGGUUGCCGGUGCUGCCCUGGAUGUGUAUCCCAAUGAGCCUGCUGGAAACGGUGACUACUUCAACAAUGAGCUGAACACCUGGGGAGCCGAUCUGCGUUCGCUGAAGAACUUGAUUUUGACCCCACACAUCGGAGGUAGCACUGAUGAGGCCCAGAAGGCUAUUGGUGUUGAAGUUGCUCAGGCUCUGGUUAGAUACGUCAACGAGGGUUCGACAUUGGGUGCUGUCAACCUGCCCGAGGUUGUUCUUCGUUCUUUGACCAUGGAUGAGCCCAACCAUGCUCGCGUUAUCUACAUUCACAAGAACAUUCCUGGAGUGUUGCGAAAGGUCAACGAGAUUAUUGGAGACCACAACGUUGACAAGCAGAUGACCGACAGCAGAGGCGAUGUUGCCUACUUGAUGGCUGAUAUCAGCAAUGUGGACACUGCUACCAUCAAGGAUUUGUACACCAGCUUCGAAAGCCUCCCCUCUCGCAUCAUGACCCGCAUUCUGUAUUAG